GGGGUGGGUUUGUCUGUAAUUUUGAAUCGGGGGGGAAGUUUACAGUGCGCUGACGGACUUUUGGAGAGUUCAGUGUUGUUCGCUGUCGGUGCGUCACACGCUCAAAACCUCCACUGGAAGCGCACGACUCCAGACGAUCAUACAUGCAAAUACAGCCGAGACUCCAGCGUCUCUCUGAACACAACAGGCUUCGUUUUCCCUACAAGCUUGAAUUCGCGUCUACUUGUGGCUGCAUCUUAGGAGGGAAAUGGAUGUCAUCCCUAUGUGUAGCAUCUUCCAGGAGCUCCAAAUUGUGCACGACACCGGAUACUUUUCGGCUUUACCAUCUCUGGAAGAGUACUGGCAGCAGACAUGCCUCGAGCUGGAGAGGUACCUCCAGAGCGAGCCCUACGUCUCAGCCACUGACCUCAAAUUUGAGAGCCAAGAGGACCUGUGGAGCAAGCUGAUGCUGGCCUGCGGGGACAAGUCAAAUGAGCCGGACCCAAAGAUCUCCCACAUCAAGGAGGAGGAAGACAAUCAGGACAGCCAGCACCUCGACGCCGGCGGCUUCAACUCCGACGCCAGCAGCGAGGCCUCAGACAGCUCUGAGGAGCUCUCCCCUACUCUCGACUUCUCCUCCAGCUCUUUGACUGACAUUCUGGAAGACAGUGGCGAAGACCUGGGCUCCACCAUCAUCAGCACGCCGCCGUCCUCGCCUGAGCUGGGCAAGGAAGGCUCUGUCGCCCAGGUGUUGAGUGGGAUACAGACUGUGCUGCACUCACCUGGGAAAAUAAGGACUGGGGGCACGGAGAGGACCCUGGAGAGGUCGGGGCUGACCAGCGGGGAGGCGUCGCCUGACGGCAGGAGGCGAGUGCACAGGUGUCACUUCAACGGAUGCAGGAAGGUGUACACCAAGAGCUCACACCUCAAGGCACAUCAGCGCACGCACACAGGUGAGAAGCCCUACAGGUGUUCAUGGGAGGGCUGUGAGUGGCGCUUUGCACGAAGCGAUGAACUCACCAGACACUUCAGGAAGCACACUGGAGCAAAGCCAUUCAAAUGCAGUCACUGCGACAGGUGUUUCUCCCGUUCUGACCACCUGGCACUGCACAUGAAGAGGCACAUCUAAGAUGGCCUCCGUGUCGAGAGGUCUGAGGGAUGAUUCUGGUUGAUUGUCCUGACCUGUGGGAGAUCAGCGAGGCUGGUGUGUCCUGGGAGCGUUAACAGGGGCACCGCCAUGUUCCAGUCAGUGGAAAAAGAUGAAGCAACGCAGGCUAUUAUUUGCACCAUACUUAGUGCCUCCAACACCUCGCUGUGGAGAUUGCUCUUGAAAGGUUUUUACGGAGGAGCGGUAGGGGAAAUUUUUAAAAACUGGAAAAAUCUGGGCUGGAGAAGACGGGAAGAGACUCUUCUGUAUGGUGUUCGAUGCUUUUUUCCUGGAGGAUUAUGGGACUCCUGUGGGGGUGUCGUUCCUCCAAUGACAGUGUGUUUGCCUGUGCGCAUGGGGUCUGUGAGUGCCUGCGACUGGAUGCCUGUGCUGGCUUUAUGGAGCGGAUGGAGCUUGCAUUGUGGAACUGCGAGUGAAUGACAUGGAGGGGGUGAUGUUAUGCGAGGGGGUUUUGGGGGGUUAUCUGUGGUCUCACUGAGAAUGAAUGCAAGCAAAAAAAAAGGUUUCUGUCUGUGCUGUUUGAGUCUGUUGGCUGUGGAGGGGAGUAAGGGGUUGUUUGGUGGAGCUAAUUUGUUAGAGAGCGCCCCCUUUCUGCCCGGAGGUCGAACUACAGCCCCCUAUUCAAACAUGGGAGGUCGUUUUGUUUAGUGCAGCUAUUAAAUGUGCAAUGUAUUAUGUAGCCUGUCUCAAAACAUACAUGCUAUAAAGCUCAUUUUGUUGUCCAUUGUGUAAGCUCUGUAUCUUAAAAGAAAAAAAAAAACAACGGUUGUACACAAACAGUUAUAACAGAAGUUGCAUGGGAUCUGGGGAUGUGUUGCUCACCUGUUUGCUUAUAGGACAACAAAAUUCCAUUCGAGAGCAGCUACCUUCAUAUUACUCAAUGUCAUAGUAUUGUACAAAACACAUAAGGCAGUCUUUUUUUUUUUUUCUUUUUUCUUGAUAAGUUGGGGAUACCACUAUUGCUUGGCAACUGUCUUGAUGAUGGGAUUUUUGUUCCUUUUUCUUCCCUUUUGCUCUUCUCUUUUGUUCUAUCUGUAAAUGCACUGUUGACCUUACUGAUGCCUUAUGUAAGUGGCCUUGUCCUGUUAAAUAGAUAUCUCUCUCUCUCUCACACUCACACACACACACACACACACACACACCAAAUGGGGGUUGCGAAUGCACUAGUGCGUUAUUGAAUUGCUUUAUAAAGGCUUUGAUCCAUACAGUCGCACUUUUGCCCUUUUGUCUCACGAUAGACUCCUCUACACUCCUGAAUAAUAAUUUUAGAAAACUAUAUAUCAGCUUCAUAAUGACUGCCAUUUUUACAUCUCUGUGCAUUAUUUGUUGAAUAUAUCAUAACUAUAUCAAAACUAAAUCAUAUUCCCCAAAAUGACCCAGGUCUGAGACAGAAUUGUGGAAAAGCAAUUCAGUUUUGUAAAGGUUUACUACUAUGUAGUAUAAGAUGGUGUGGAUGCACAAAGGUACAGAGUCUUGGAAAUAUGUUCUCAUGAAAUGUGGCAUGCUCAGCCACCGAGAUUGUGACAAAUUAGGAAUUACUGCAAAGAAAACAUUUACAGCACGCUUGGGCCAUUUAUAUAUGUUUAUGUGUCAAAAGCUUACAGUCUUUAAAUAAAAGGAUGUGUCCUUUAGAAUGAUGACAGCAUUCUCAAUCAUGAGUCUGUUUUGAUGUUGUAUGUUUUGGUAAGUCUCACCCUCAGGGUGAGUCAGUAUCUUUACUCAGUCCUGGUUUAAACAACCAGUGACUAAAACCGGUCUAACCAGUUCCGCUGAGCUGUGCUGCAGGUCUAAAGGUUUCUGUCUGUGUCUGCAGGUGAACUGAGAUGAGACCAGGUUCAGAUGUAUAUCUGUACCAACUUCACUAUAUGCAUGUUUUAACUUCAGUUACUGUACAUGACUUCAACGCACUCCUCUGUGGGUUGAUAAAAUUCUCUUCCUUCAAUCACAAUUUCCCCUAUUUCUAGAAAACAUUUUGGAGCCACAGUGUUUUUACUGGAUAAUAUGUUUUGUUGAAAAGUAAGACAUAUGGAAAGGUUGAAAAAUAACUUGUCUGCUUUAAGCGUAUGGCUGGUUUAAAUGGUCAUAAAACAUGUUGAUGUCUAUCACUCAGUAGUCAGCCCCACAGGUAAACUCAACAACUGUACAGGUGAACCUGGUCAACAUUAAACAAAGUCCAUACACUGAGAAAUGUCAAAAAUGCAAAGAUAAGUAAACUAAGAGAAUUUUGUAAGGUAGCUUCUAUUUUGAAAGGGUAUGGGACCAAAAACAAGUGCAGUGUGUUGUUUGAUGAACCAAUUAAGACAAGAGGCUGAAGUUAUUGUAAAAUAGACACACUUCCUUUGCUUCUGUAACAUCUUUGUUUUUGAUUUGACUGAACGUAUGUUUAAAAAGGCAUCAAUUGUGUAAACAGUACACCUGUGGCCUAUCAUCUUUCAAGAAAAAAACAAAAAACAAAAAAAACUUCAGACGUGAAUUGUUCUGGACACUUGAAUUAAUUUUGCAUUCUGGUGCCCGCUAAGUAAUAUGUUUUUUAUUUGCCAUGUGAUUUCUUUCUCUAAAAUUUUCAAAGACCUGCGAAGACACCCUAUCUUUAGCUAGAGAAUCUUUAUUGGAUAAACAUGGAGAUAAAAUACGAGGCUCUAUUUUUGUUUGUUUUAUGGCAUAACAAGAUUUUUUCAUUUGAAAUUGUUUUGUAAAAUAGUUUCUGUAUGAAUGUAUUUUUUAUUGGAAAAUCGAUAAAAAGAAUUUAUUGGA